UAGCCUUGUUGGACAUCAAUGGGAGGAGUGGCCCUUGGGCCUGAGAAUGUAGCAGCCUCUGGUAGACAUAUGUGAAUUUCUUUUCUGAUAAACCAACAGUUUCCCAAUGGAGCAAGGCCCUCUGCAGAGGAGACUUUCAGAAGGCCUGAAGAGGCUUCUGGUAGGUAGAAAUUAAGGAGGCAGAGGAAGAGGUGGGGAGGUCAGAUGAGGGAUGGAACAGGAAGACUAGACUGUGCAUAUUAUAUGCAUGCUACAUAUGGUUUCAAUGAAGGAAUUAGGCACCCUGCCACUAUACAGUAUACUUUAAAUGGAUUCCAAAUCCUUCAAAUGCUUGUUUUAAGUAAGCAUUAAUUUUAAGAGUUUGUUAUUUUCCCUACAAUAAAUCAAAGUCAUUUGCCAGCUUCACACUGUCCUACAGCCCAUGGCUAAAUUAUCUUACUUCCUUGUCUUCUUACAUCUGAGACAAAUAUAUAACAUUGGGUCUCCCCUGAUCAGGAAAGUUCAGAAUGCACCUCACUCUUCUCUGCUUAGGAAAGCUUAGAAUGCACCCCACACUUCUCUCCAAAGAAUCCCCUCCUCUGAGUCUUUCAGGACUUGAAGAAGACUCUUGAGUCUCCAUCCUUGAGUCUGCUUUUGACUUCUCCAGACACCGAAAGGGUGUUUGUCAAACUGCUAAGUCAAAAAUCUAAUAGCCAGUGUAAGGUUGGAAGGUUAUUUUGUUUCGCUUUAAAAUUAAAUAUUUAUGAAGACUUUGGACUAUGAAAAAUCAAAGCAAAUUAUUCACACUUCUCCUCUGUCCCUUUCAGCACCAUAUACUAACCCCUUAAUGUCAACACCACUUCCUCAGGCUCAGAGCAUGGACUGGAGUCAUCCAAUUUCUCUAAAGUAAGGCUUCCUGACAGUCUUUAUCAGAACAGAAGAGAGGCUUCUAUGACAUUUGGCUUCCAUAGUUACCUGCCUCAUGUCUUCAAUUCACUUGAGGCCUGAAUCACACAAUGGGAAUGUACUGGGUCACCUAAACUCUACCUUGUUUUAUGUGUUCAGUGACCCCAGUUACCAGGGCUUAAGGCAUGUCCCUCCCCUGACUUCAUACCAGCACUUGGCCCAGCUUCUUCCAUGUCUCCAGAGCCCAAGAAGGAGGAAAGCAGAAGCACAGGCACAUUGGCCUCUGGUGUUCAUGAAUCUCUUCUUCUGGGACAGUUCUCCAAGCAUAGUUCUGAGGAAGAUUUCUGAGGCAUGGAGCUUCCAGCAGGUUUGGAAGAAAGUAAAGUGAAUUCCGUGAUGCAACAACACAAGUGAGGUUUGUGGGCACCCACCAAACCAACUCCUCUCUGGCAGGAAUUUUAGAUUGACGAAUACUAUGCUGCCUUUGCAAAAGGACAAGAAACUAGUGCCCAAAAGACGUGUUCUUCAGCAUUUGGAUUAGACCUGUUCUCAAGACAAUGGCUUCAAAGGUCUCCUGCCUCUAUGUAUUGACCGUUGUGUGCUGGGCCAGCGCUCUCUGGUACUUGAGCAUAACCAGACCUACUUCAUCCUACACUGGCUCCAAGCCAUUCAGUCACCUAACAGUUGCCAGGAAAAACUUCACCUUUGGCAACAUAAGAACUCGACCUAUAAACCCACAUUCUUUUGAAUUUCUGAUAAAUGAGCCCAACAAGUGCGAGAAAAACAUUCCUUUUCUCGUGAUCCUCAUUAGCACCACACACAAGGAAUUUGAUGCCCGCCAGGCAAUCCGGGAGACAUGGGGGGAUGAGAACAACUUCAAAGGGAUCAAGAUAGCCACACUUUUCCUCCUGGGCAAAAAUGCUGAUCCUGUUCUGAACCAGAUGGUGGAGCAAGAGAGCCAGAUCUUCCAUGACAUCAUCGUAGAGGACUUCAUUGACUCCUACCACAACCUCACCCUCAAAACCUUAAUGGGGAUGAGAUGGGUUGCCACUUUCUGUUCAAAAGCCAAGUACGUCAUGAAAACCGACAGUGACAUUUUUGUGAACAUGGACAACCUUAUUUAUAAACUCCUGAAACCCUCUACCAAGCCAAGAAGAAGGUAUUUCACUGGUUACGUCAUCAACGGCGGGCCAAUCAGGGAUGUCCGCAGUAAGUGGUAUAUGCCUAGAGAUUUGUACCCUGACAGCAACUACCCACCAUUCUGUUCAGGGACUGGCUAUAUCUUUUCCGCUGAUGUGGCUGAACUCAUUUACAAGACCUCGCUCCACACCAGGCUGCUUCAUCUUGAAGAUGUGUACGUGGGACUGUGUCUUCGAAAGCUUGGCAUCCAUCCUUUCCAGAAUAGUGGCUUCAAUCACUGGAAAAUGGCCUACAGUUUGUGUCGGUACCGCCGCGUCAUCACUGUGCACCAGAUCUCUCCAGAAGAAAUGCACAGGAUCUGGAAUGACAUGUCAAGCAAGAAGCAUCUGAGAUGUUAGGACUUCUAUGAAUGUAAAUAACUUUCUUUUCUAAGAAAUGGGGACUAAGAUGUUGGUAUUUACAGGUGUCACCAAGGGAACAUGAACUGGUCAGGGGUUUGUAAAUGUUUUGCUUUCUGUUCCUAGUUCUUUCUCGGAUCAGUAUUUUACGCAUAUUGGGCUCGGCCAUGGAAAUGGUGAGAGAGUUAGAAGGGCCAGAUUUCAGUCUCAGGUCCUAAGACAUUGCCAUUUAUUUCAAAAAGUGACUCUAUAUAACUGCCAGGAUUGGUGCACUGUGCAUCUGAGAUAAAGAUCUGGGCCAGGAGAUAGAAACUCAAAGUAACGUCCUCAUACCAUCUCUGCAAACGUAAAUAGUAAUUCUUUCUUUAAAAAAAAAAAAUCAAAACAAGUCAGAAAAGAUACGCAGUCAGGAACACACACUAGAUGUGAUCACUAAUGCUGUGUGCUGUUGUCAUGUAACAUUUUUACAUACAUUGCCAUAAAAUGUGUAUAGAAUUUGAGAUUCUACCAAUAAUUGAUUUUAUCCCUAGAGUAGGGCAUCAAUGACGAAAUAGAUGAGGAUGUACACUUGUGGAUCAGUUAUCCUGUAUGUAUAGAAAACAUCUCGGCAUAGAUUCACAAGAAUUAAAUCUGGUCAGCAGGUGGGUUGUACAUAGAAAUGCUACUUUAAGUAAACAAGUAAACGUUUUUUUCCCCAGAACAAAUAUUAUAUGAUGCCACCAAGGAGACUCCAAAUGUAGUACUCUCACCUACUUUCUUCCAUAAAUGCCUUUAAGUGCAUUUUAUGGUUUUUGGAUCAGUCAGGCAUAUGUCUCCAUGUGUAGAAAACACAUUGGUAGGCGGCCCAGAAAUAAUGCAUAACAAUUGAUAAAAUGCAAAUCUAGGUAUCCAUUCUAAUUAACAUGAGCUUGGCAAUAGUGUACAAUGCCCCUUUCACACAUUUGCAAAGCACAUGAGAACAUCUUUAAGGAGUACCAACCUUAUUAAAAGAUGUGCCCCUGCUACCAGUAGAAGAAAUGCUCUCUUAGCAUCUACAGCAUUCACAUAUGUUUAGUUAGCAAAAGUGCGUUGAGAUGUUCUGGGGAUUCUGUGGCUGAGAUCCGUGGGAAGGAAGACUAGGGAAGCCAAGUUGGGAUCCCAUUGAUGCCACAAAUUUAUAUGGACCAUUUGAACAGGCAUCUCAUUUUUGAUGUACAUCUGUAGGCUCACUUGUAAAAUGGCUAAAAAGAAAAAAAUCUACCUCACAGGUACUGUGAGAGCAAAUCACAUUUGCUAAUAAGUAUUUCGAGAUCUUUUAGUUUAAAAGGUGCUACAUAAUGCCAUGUAUCAUGCACAAUGCUAAAUGCUAGAAUGAUUUACAGUAAUGAUAAAGAUGGUUAUCCAUUGUGGCAGCAUCAUCCUAAUAUCACAAUUUACCAUAAUAAAGAUUGACUGUGAACUAUCAACGUACCUGAUUCUUCCAAGACUGGAUGUUUCCUUGGCUAUACGUUAGUUGAUUGGAGGAGCUUCCGUUUCUCCCCCAGUAUCUCGUUUUUGGUGACAAAUUUUUCACUUCAGUGUGUUGCCUUGGCAUCCCAGGAUGUUUAAAGCAAAAGAAUCUAUUUUGCUUUGGGGAGGAGCUUUGCAUAGGUUUUGCAAAACACAACUGAAAUCGUGGAAACGUUUGCCCUGUAUUCUUAAAACUCUUUAGAACAAGUAGGGCUAAUCUACUCCCUCAGAGGACAGAUAAGCACUCAGCAAAUCUCCACAGUGGCACAUCUACCGUUGGUGCACCACUCCUUGUCGUGAUGCAAAGAAAGCUGGAAAAGUUGCUCAUUUGAGCUAUUUUCUUUGCACCUUGACCUCUGCAAAACCCCCCAUAGAAGCUGAUAGUAAUGGGGAGACAAAGGAGUACACGGAGUCCCAUAAUCACGGAAUCCCUCGCUAGGAAACACUUAAUAUUUCAUCACCCCCAAAGUACUGACUAAUAUAGGACUUCCCAUCCUUUAAUGUGAUGGUGUCAAGUGACCUGGGAAAAGAUGAAGCAAGACAAGGUGAGCCACCCUCCCACCAUCUAGCCUCAAACCCUAUGAGCUCCAAUGGCUGAAAGCCUCCCACCCUCAGGCCUCUUUGGCCUCGCAGCAGUAAAGCUGAAUGCAGUCUCUGUCUCCUGCCCUGGCCUUGCAUCUAGUCCAUGCUCAGCCCAGCCACUUUCCAUGUCCAAAAUCUCACACUAUAAUAACGACGUCUGUACAUCUAUGAAUUGCUUUAUAUGUGUGUGUGAAGUAUGUAUAGAGCCCUAAUCUUGAAAAGGAGCAAAAAAAAUCAACCAGAAAAUCACUUGUCUUAAAGAACUGUUUCUUAACUUUUUUUAUGCUACAUAAUGCCCGUAUGACAAACAUGUAAAUAGACAUCCAAGAGUACAUGUACAUAUUUUAAAGGCGCUUUUCUUGUCACCUCAAUUGUAUGUAUGGCUAGAACCUGCUUGAUAUGUAACAUUUUCCUCUGCAUGGAACUUGAUGAGGCAAGGCCAUUUGUCCAGUAUCUCAAUAGCCUUAAGCAUGUUUGUUCGCUGUUUGGUUUUUUUUUUGAAGUUCAAAAAGAAAAAAAAUGGUUAAUUUGUCAAGGAAGAAAAGUUCUAAUUUUCUACUUUUGUUAAUUCUAUGACAAGAAGCUGGUCAAAUUAUUGUCAUGGUUAUUUAUUAAGCCAUUCAUAACAUUUGUUUAAGAAAAAUAUUUCAUAAUAAUGGCAGUAUUCUGGGGCUGGGGGGUUUCACUCAGUGGUAAAGCACUUGCCUAGCAUGCAAAGGGCUUUGGGUUCAGUCCUCAGCACUGCAAUAAUACAGUUAAAAUAAUGUCAGCCCUACUGUGCCAGAAGUCACUCAAAGAAUUUUUCUAAGUACUGUCUGGUUCCCCAUUAUUUCUCCAUUAUGUACUGGAUAAUAUCAGCACCUAAUCUUAAAGGUUUUUCUUGUAUUUCUUAGAGGAAAGGAUGCUUUCUCUUUGGUGCCUCGUUUAUGUGGCUUUGUGACCCCCUUGGAGCAGUUUCAGUCUACAACAAUGUGCUUUUAAAUAACCAGAUUCAAAACAUGAAGAUCAUUUUUGAUUUGAAUUAAAUAUGGAAGGGCAAAACCCCUUGUGUGAUAAGAAAUGGAGGGGAAACAAACUCUUUACAGAGAAGUCACAGAAGGAGUUUUUCAAUCAAAUUUCUUCUAACAAAAGACAAUGGGAUAUUUAUGUACAGUGUGUGGAAUUCAUUUUCUACCUUUGCUAAUAUGUGCAUUCAAAGCGGGGAAUUGAUUGUAUCAUUUCUGUAAAGGGGAAGGUACUUUUUAUAAGCCACAGGUAACUUGUGAAUGAAAGACGAAAUCCACUAGAGACGCUUGAUGAUAAUUGACAUUUAGGUAUAUUGUUAUAUAUGAAUGAUUGUAUUUAUGUAUUUAUUUGUUCAAAAUUGUACAUAUGGUUUUACCAAAAGUAACUGUGUGUUAAAGUGCACUCUUUGGGUUUGUAGUACUAUUUAGGGUUACAAGGGUUGCCAAUCAAGCUGCUAAUCAGAAUACUAUUUUUUUGUAUCGGUGUUACAACAUGUGACGAAUAGACAACACUGUCUUUUCAUUCAUCCUCUUUCCUUUCCUCUUGAAAUGUAAACUGUUGGUUGAAAGCACGAUGCAAUUGUACAGGCCCAUCUGCCAAGAGGAAGAUCAUGGUUUCAUAAGACUGAUUUUUUUUUUUAAACUCCUGGGACAAAUAAACAAAAGAAGAACUCA